UAUGUUAAAGUUAGCUUAUUUGGUAAUGAGCAGAAUUAUUUUCUAUGAACUGGUUUCUACGCUUCCGUCCCUGACUUGGAAAUAUUUUUAAUAAAAAGUAAACAAACACAUAGGUAUCGAUACAUACCUUUACAUUUUUGUUAAUUGUUUGACAUGGUUUGAUUUAUUUGAGUGCAGAAAAUUGAGAAGAGGAUGAAGAGUGAAUCCAGAUUUUAGGUGACCAAAUUGGAUGGGUAUGUAAGAGAGCACUAUCAUAAUAGUCAAAUCUAGCUUCUACUAAAGGCCAUUCACUAACUAGUUAUAUGCUGCACUUAGAAGAAGUUUUGAGUUGGUUUGUAGUUUGUACUUAUUUUUUUGUUAAAUCUUUCCUUAUAUUUUUUUGCUCACCCAUUAUGAAAUACAUGGGAGAUUAUCCCUCAAAGCAAGAGAGAUCUCCUGUGGAACUUACUGACCAGAUAUUUUUAGUGGCAAUUCAGGAAGAUACUCUGCAAGAUGAGGUCUAUUGUCAGAUCUUGAAACAGUUAACAGAAAACCACAACAGGUAUAGCCUGAAUAAUGGUUGGCAAUUACUAUGGCUCUGCACAGGCCUUUUUCCACCUAGUAAAUCAUUGCUGAAACAUGUUCAGAAGUUCAUUGAGACUCGUCUGAAGGAGAAUCUGGCGUUGGAAUGCAGACAUAGGAUCCAAAAAGUGAUGAGGAGUGGCUGUCGGAAGUGGGCUCCACACAGUGUAGAGGUGGAGGCAAUUCAGAAUAAUAUCACCAAGAUUUCUCACAAGAUUCAUUUUCCAAAUGAAACAGAGCAGGUUUUUGAUGUAGGAACAAACACAAAAGUAUGGGAUCUAUGUCAGAUGAUUGGCAACAAGAUGGAAUUGAGCUCCUUGGAUGGAUUUAGCCUCUUUAUCAAGAUUUCAGAUAAGGUGAUCAGCCAGAAUGAAGCAGAUUAUUUCUUUGACUCCUUAAGACAGGUGACGGACUGGACUCGGAAGAACAGGCCAGGAAAGGAGGUGUUUCCCACCACUAUGAAUUACCAGGUCUACUUCAUGAGAAAGUUGUGGCUGAAUGUGAUACCUGGGAAGGAUUUGAAGGCUGAUUGCAUCUUUCAUUAUCAUCAGGAACUGCCAAAGUAUCUGAGGGGCUAUCACAAGUGCUCAAAGGAGGAUGUCGUUCAACUGGCUGGGCUGAUUUUCAGAGUUCGUUUUAACAGUGAUCGAACACAAUAUGCUGUGAUACCUAAAAUACUGAAGGAACUAGUGCCUGAGAACAUGAUUCCAAUACUAUCCCCAGAGGAGUGGAAACGGAAUAUUAUUUCUGCUGUCAGCAAACUUGGGCAAAAAAGUGUGGAUGAGGCCAAAAUCGCCUUCUUGAAGUUCAUAUAUCGUUGGCCAACAUUUGGCUCAGCCUUCUUUGAAGUGAAGCAAACAUCAGAGCCAAAUUUCCCUGACAUAGUAUUGAUUGCUAUCAACAAACAAGGGAUUUCCAUAAUACAUUCAAAAACUAAGGAGAUCUUAGCUCUUUAUCCCUUCAAUAAAAUUUCUAACUGGAGCAGUGGUAGCACGUAUUUUCACAUGACAAUAGGGAACCUGGUACGAGGAAAUCGAAUUCUUUGUGAGACAUUUCUGGGUUACAAAAUGGAUGACUUGUUGACAUCAUACGUUCAUUUGCUAAUGAACAUUGUAAACAAACAGAAAAGGCCCAAUAUCCCUGCCUGAAGAUGCAGCUAUCAUCACACAAAGGUUGUGCCAGAUUUGCAAUAUUUGCUAUCUUGAAAAAAAUGGGACUUGGUUACUUUGUUUUUUGGGUUUUUUUCACCAAAGAGAAGACAACCAUAUAAUUGCUGUUAUACCAGAAAUAAGUGUCGGUUUCUGCUGACUGCAGCUUAAUCAUACCUGGCUUGACUGCAAGUUGUACUAUCAGCAUAUCAAGAUUUUGUUCCAAACUAUUAUCUUUUUAAUAAUUAUAACCUCCUUCUUUUGAAAUAUUGAUCACAUUCUUAUUGUAUUCUAGCCAUCAGCAGUACAAGCAUAAAAAGAUGUUUGCUUCCAGUUAUAAAAUACAUUAUUUUGAAAGAAAACAGCAUGCUCAUGAGCUGAAGAUUUCAUUUUUGGAGGACUGUCGGAACUUCAUAAAACAAGACUCUGUGUCCUAGAUGCCUUCUGGUCAUUGGAUUCAAUAUUAUUCCCCCCCUCUUUCGUAUUUCUGGAACACGCUUGCAUAAUGUUAUUAUGAAGACUGACAUCUGCUUAAUUAAUUCUGUAAAUUUACAUAAUAUUUAUUGUUUGAGAGAGAAUUGCAGUUGUAUUUUUUAAAAUACUAUUUUUUUUUGCUUGCUUUCUAUGAUUUGUAUACUAUUGGACAAGCUUCCACAACGGAACUUCAGCCUACGUAAACAUACCUAAAAUUAUGCUUUGUCAGAUCAUUUCUGACAAAGCUGUAGAUCCCUCCAAACACAGCCUUUGCUCCUCUUUCUCUUUGCCACCAAUUCUUUUGGCUGAAAAUGGUUUUCUUGGAAUAGUUUUGUAUAAGAACAAGGAACAAUGGCCAUGGUUGAUACUGCAAUGCUUUGUGUAAAAGAGGAGACACUGAAGUUGUCCAAAUCAGACAUUUAUGAAAAUCACAGUGUAUUUGCAUCUGGUUCCUGAAGUAUUUUUAGCAAUUGAUGGAAGCCAGCAUGUUGACUGUUGGCUGUUAUUUUUCCAAAGUAAUCACACACUCUCUUGUAAAUCCAGAGGAAGAUAUAAUGUUCUGCACUUAAUGGCCAUAUGCAUAUGUGUGACUGGAAUGAGACAACUUGCUGCGGCCAGCUCAGUGCUGUGAACUCACUGCCUACAGCUUACCACCAAGUCACGUCUGUCAACUCACUGUCAUCAAGUUGCCAGACAACUCCCAAUGGCCAACUCUCUGGGGCAGAUGGGGAGAGAGCCAGGAGGGUGAGCCAGUGGUUGAACAGAGUGCAGAGCAGCAGUAGCUGCUAGCGGGUUCCCAUUUUCAUAUACACACCCGUCACUGCUGCUACUGCUGCCACCUAGGUUCGGGCCAAAGAAACCGAGGACGGCAGCAGCAAUAGGGAGGCAGUGACUGCCAGGGAUGUCCCAUUUUCACACACACCAUCACCGCUGUUGUCUUCGGCCUCUUUGGCACAGAGCUUGGCAGCAGCAUGCCAGAAUGUAUAAAAAUGGGAAGCCCCUGGACGCCGCUGCUCUGCACUCUGCCCAACCGCUUGCUCACCCAUCUGUCCUUCUGGCUGUCCCCAGGGAAUUGUCCACCAGCGAGUUGGCUGUGUGGAGUUGUCCUGAAGCAACGUAGCAAUGGUGAGUUGACAGAGGUGAUGGUGGCUGGCUGCAGUAAUUUGGCCGCCUAUCAAGAGGAGACAAAUCAUGUGGUGGCCGUACAUUAUCCUACACCUAUGUACGAUAGAUUACUAAUAUUUCUGUGUAAGUAAAAUUCCAUACUUUUCAAAGUAUCUUUUUAAAAAGUGAAAUGCAUAAAUAUAUUUUAUGAUAUAUGUCUGUAGCUGAUACUGGUUGCUGUGAAAUUAGAAAGAUCAAGGUGACAAGGCCUAUUACCAGGGGUGUCAAACUUGAUUUCAUUGUGGGCCACAUCAGGGUUGUGUUUGACCUUGGAGGUUGUGUAUGGAGUGGGUGAGGCAAGGGUGAGUGUGGCCAGCUCACCAUAACUUGUGUCGGGGGCACCUGUGGUGGCCUGAGCACUCUGCCAGAGAAAAUGGGCUCCUAAGCUUUUUGGCUGCGAUGAAUGUGGUCCUCCAGAGCUCCGUUUUCACUGGCAGAAGCACUGUGAGCCAGUCCUUCGCUGUUUCCAGGGCGCUAUCUAAACACCCCACAGACUGGAUUCAGCGUUGAGUUUGACACCCCUGCCUAUACUGCAGAAUUUCUGAAUUCUAAAUGUAAAUUCAGCAUUAUGUUGUAACUAAAUAUAUUUUGCAUAUUUCUUUUAUGUUAAGUGUAUAAUCAAAAUAUUUUAUCCAUUUUAAAACACAAAUGCAGAAUAAAUGCAGUUUUGUUUCUUCCAGAAAAACAUGGUACUAAGCCAAAUGUAAAUCAAUAAAUUCCUGAAUAAUCUGGUUUUAUAAAAUUCCUUAGUGAUUCUGACUAGAUUAAAGGAUAUCUGUGGCAGAUUAGAAGUUAAAUAAAUAAAUAGCUG